GCCUCUGGGCGCCCGGAGAGCGCCGGCGGGCCGCUGGCAGGGCCGGGCACAGGCACGCCCCUCGCCUCCCCGCGGAGAGCGGACUGCCCCGGUGCCCAAACUCCGCCCACCCUCGCCGGGAGCUCCGCGCUCCCGCCUGCCUCCGGCACUCGGGACCGAGGCGGGCCUCGGGAAGGGCCCCUGAGCAGCACGGACGGCCCGCAGGAGGCCCACCCCGAGCGCUCGGGUCGGCGGCCCCACGCGUGCCCAUGGCCCCGAGAGGCUGAGCGCAUGGGCUCGGGCUGUGGACGGAGUCCUCCGCGAGGCGCCGGGAAAAGCCGAACUGCUUUCUUCUAAGGUAGGCAGAAAUAUGCCUAGACGAAGUUGAUCUUUGGGAGGAAAAGGCUGGGGAGCGCCUGCCCCGUGCCCGAGCGCGGACGAGCGAGUUUGCCUUGACCUUGCUGCCUCUCGGGCGCGCUCUGCAGCGCGGACCCGCGGCCCCUCAGGAAAGCGCAGUCGGAAAGUUGUCAGCGGCGGUGCCCUUCGCGCCCUGUUGUGUAACCGCAGCGCCGCCAGUCCGACCGGGAAGUUGCCGUCCCGCCUGGCAGCCCGGUUCGGUCGCCACCCCAAGCGGAUUUCAUGGCCCGCAGCCGACGUGGUCGAGCCCCCGCGUGCCCCCUCUCUCGCGGGCAUCCCAGGCGCCAGUGCACGCGCCCUUCUGCUUGCCCUUUCCACCGAUGCGCUCUGUGCCCCCUGCUUCCGCCGCCUUCUUGUCGCCGUUUGUCCCUUGGAGCUGCUGCCUAAAUCGGAAAGGAGAGAAUGACUGAGGUGCAGUGGCCAGCUGUCCCCAACGGGACGGACCCUGCCUUUCUGGCUGGCGCGGGCUCACCUUGGGGGAACAGCACAGUGACUUCCACCGCCGCGGUGGCCGCUUCCUUCAGAUGUGCCCUGACCAAGACGGGCUUCCAGUUCUACUACCUGCCGGCUGUCUACAUCUUGGUGUUCAUCAUUGGCUUCCUGGGCAACAGCGUGGCCAUCUGGAUGUUCGUUUUCCAUAUGAAGCCGUGGAGCGGGAUCUCCGUGUACAUGUUCAACUUGGCGUUGGCCGACUUCUUGUACGUGCUGACCCUGCCAGCCCUUAUCUUCUACUACUUCAACAAGACCGACUGGAUCUUCGGGGAUGCCAUGUGCAAACUGCAGCGGUUCAUCUUCCAUGUAAACUUGUACGGCAGCAUCUUGUUCCUGACGUGUAUCAGCGCGCACAGGUACAGCGGCGUGGUGUACCCGCUCAAGUCUCUGGGCAGGCUCAAGAAGAAGAACGCCAUCUACAUCAGCGUGCUGGUGUGGCUCAUCGUGGUGGUGGCCAUCUCCCCCAUCCUCUUCUACUCCGGCAUUGGAAUUCGGAAGAACAAAACCGUCACCUGCUACGACACCACCUCAGAUGAGUACCUGCGAAGUUACUUCAUCUACAGCAUGUGUACCACUGUGGCCAUGUUCUGUGUGCCCUUGGUGCUGAUCCUGGGCUGUUACGGGUUAAUUGUGAGGGCUUUGAUUUACAAGGACUUGGACAACUCGCCCUUGAGGAGGAAAUCCAUUUACCUGGUCAUUAUUGUACUCACUGUUUUUGCUGUGUCUUACAUCCCUUUCCAUGUAAUGAAAACCAUGAACUUGAGGGCCCGGCUGGAUUUUCAGACUCCAGAAAUGUGCGCUUUCAAUGAUAGGGUAUAUGCCACUUACCAGGUGACCAGAGGUCUGGCAAGUCUCAACAGUUGUGUGGACCCCAUUCUCUAUUUCUUGGCAGGAGACACUUUCAGGAGGAGACUGUCCCGGGCGACCAGGAAAGCUUCGAGAAGAAGUGAAGCAAACUUGCAAUCUAAGAGUGAAGACAUGACCCUCAAUAUUUUGUCAGAGUUCAAGCAGAAUGGAGAUACCAGCUUGUGAAGACGCAAGAAUUCCAAACACCUCACUUUUGUAACAUGCAUGAACUCUUAGACCUCCAGUGAUGAAGAGCGUUUACUUACGCCACUGCCGUGUAAAGCCUUGAGACUCUGUUCCAAAACCAGUGCUCAGUCACAUCUAUAAAAAACGGUUUCAGAAGUCACAGAUAAACUGCAGACCAAAAUUGAAGUGAAGUAGAGCAGAUGUUAGCAAGUGGGGGGGUGUUGGGCAGAGGAGUAUUUUCAGAAGAUGAGCAGCUGUCAGGCAUUUACAAAGCACAGCUUACAAGUUUACUGUCCAAUGUAUGCAGUAACGUAGAGUUGGGAGAAAGCAUUUUAGUAUAAGAACUUUAUUUUAAAUUCAAAUCACCAUGGAAGAGGUUCUUUUUGGUUUUUUUUUUCAAAGUGCUUGAAAACAUUAAAUGAAAUGCUGGAAAGAGAAAAAGGCAGAGUUUGUACCGCUUAUGUUAAUAUAAUGAAAGACUGCAGGAGUUUAAUGAA